AUGGCUACCCAGGUGGCAAUACAAUACUUCUAUACAUUUCUUUUUUGCGCAGAGCUCGUCUUUCGCGCGGCUGCGAUGGGCAGAGAAUAUUUCUGUGGAAAGGAGUGGUUGUGGGCCGCUCUGGACGUUUUCAUUGUCAUGACCUCCCUGUGGGAGGUCUUCGUAGAUACAUGGUAUGCCGUCGUCGGAGACGACGAGAGCAGCCUCGAGAGUUUUGGCGGCCUGACCGGCCUAAAAGCUUUCAGGAUUGUGCGAAUCACGCGCAUCGUGAAGACCGUGCGCUUGAUGCGCAUCUUCCGGUUCGUCUUGGCGUUGAGGACACUAAUCCAUUCGAUCUGGCACACCUUGAAGUCCUUGUUCUGGGCUUUGGUGCUGCUGCUUCUGAUCGUCUACGUGUUUGGUAUGAUCUUUACUCAAGCAGUAAACGGACACCUUUACGAUCCAGAUGCCUUUCCUCUGUCGGAUGAAAGUAUAAACGUGAGCGAGCUAUACUUCGGAAAGUUGACGAUAACAAUGAUGAGCCUCUUCAUGAGCGUGACCGACGGGCUCAGUUGGGAGAAAAUCAGUCGCCCGCUUGGUGAGAUCUCGCCCAUUUGGGCUGGACUGUUCUUGUUUUACGUUUCUUUUACAUACUUCGCUGUGCUCAACGUCCUGACAGCCGUGUUCUGCCAAAGCGCCAUUGAGAGUGCGCAGAACGAUCACGCAACGGCAGUGCAGUCCAUGAUAGCCAACAAGGAGAUGCAUCUCAAGAAAAUCCGCGCGCUUUUCAACGAGCUGGGCAAUGAACAAUCUGGCAUGAUCACCUUUCACCAGUUCGAAGCCAAGAUCAACUCGGCAGAAGUCAGAGAGUACUUCGAGACGCUGGGCCUUGAUGUUGAAGAUGCCUGGAGCUUUUUCAAACUGCUGGAUCGAGAUGGUGGGGGAUCCGUGGAAAUUGAGGAGUUUCUGAAGGGCUGCUUACGAUUUCGAGGCCAAGCCAAAGCGAUUGACAUCGGGCAAUUGCUCCAUGAUCAGAACUGGCUGAUUCGGCACCAGAGCAGAUUCCACACCUACAUGGAAAUGGAGCACCAGAAGCUGAGGAAGCAGAUCACGGCUUUGACGUCCUUUUUAACAACAGAUGGCACGCCACGGAGAAAGAAGAAAACAGAGGACGAGCAGACAUUGAAAGCUGCAGCCGCUCAGAGUGAGACGCGCCAGGCAAUGGCAUAG